UAUAGUAGCUUUAGAAGAAAUUUCUACCAGGGAACAGAAAUGAAUCUUAUUUUCCUGCUCCUUCUGUUUUCUAAAGUGAUUGCAACUGAGAUAGCUCUGUAUCAGCCUGAGGAUGUCAUACAUGUCGAUGUUAACACCACGGCAAUACUCUCUUGUGUCAUCAGUCAGCUAUUAGAAGUUGGAUCUCUAGUCUCCUGGUACCGAAAAAGCUGUACAACUGGAGGAAACAUUUUACUGGUUAAAUCUUGUGUGCAAAAGGACAAUAAUAGGUAUAUCUGUAGAAAUGAAGAUUAUAAGGCUACACUUCAGAUACGAAACACACAGACAAAUGAUUCUGGAAUUUACUUCUGUUCAUUCUAUUAUAAUUCUCCCUAUAAAUUUGCAAAUGGAACUACCCUGAUUGUCGGAGACACUUUAAAGACUGGAGAUCAAGCGAGCUGCAAUAUUAAGUUUCAUUCUUUUACUCCAGUGGUGAUCGAUUCGAAAAUACCAGGUAACCAGGAAAAUUGUCAAACUUUCUUUAUAGCAGUCUCCGUUUUGGCUCUUCUGCUGAUGCUUACUUUUUCGGCUCAUCUUCUAUGGAUUCAAAAGCAAACAGAUCCAAACGUGAAAAUUUCCAGCGGCAGAAAUAGCAGUCAGGAUGAAAUUACUUACGCCCAGCUGAACAUGCACCAUCUCAACAAACAUAGAAACAAAGAAAGCAAGAAAAAAUAGCCAAGUCUGCAUCAUCAAUAUCUUAAUGCCUUAUUAUCUUACAAAGAAAGACAAAUCCGAGUUGCAGCAUUAUCCAGCACCCAGAUCCUAAUAUGAUCAAGUAAUCAAUUAUUGUGAACAAUGGUCUUCAGGCAACUAUCAGCUCCAAGGGGGACACCACUAACUUGCUUAUCACUGUUUUUGGCUAUGGGUGAAAUUCUUGUCAAAUGAGAAAAAAUACAGUGCUUUAUUAAUCUGUACAUAUAUUUGUGUUUGAUCUUUAUACUACAUGUGCAUUUAAUAGUAUAUGGUGACAACAACAAACCAUGCAAACUGACCCUGUCAUAAUCUCUAACUUUCCAAAAUAUGUUCACACAGUGGG